UUUUGCACUCUCCCCUCUUCUCAUUGCGCGAGUCCGUCUUAACAAGAACAUAAAAGAGGCUCUCCUCUUGGAUACAUACAGUGAAAUAUCAACAAGCAAGGUCUAUUGCUACACUAACAACACCAUAAAUACAUCAAUGUGUAACAUAUGAGAGAUAUUUCUACGUAUAACACUUCAAACUCAACUUGUCCACUCUCCGUUUUCUUUCUGCUUUAAUACAAUUCAUUUAAGUGUACUUGGUGUAGGAAUUGCAACAAUCUUGACCAAUCAGAUGUUGCACACCGACCUAGUACGCUUCUUUAAUUGGCCGAUACAUCACUAGCUACACUCGAUUAAUGAGCAUCACUGUACAUAAAUGCAUGUAAAGAAUUAUUCUCAUAAUCUAACCUAACCCUGAUCGAAGCAUCGUGUUUUAAAUCAACGAUAUCAACAAAUUAUAAAAAAUGCGGCUAUAAUAGCAAAAAAAAACUUAUACACAUUAUAAUUGAUCACUUAAUUCAAAAUAUUAUUGAAUAAUUAUUAUUCAAUACGUAAGCCAACAAUAGAAUGGGAAUGAAAGCGUGAUCAACGUGAUUCGCGCCAAAUUGCAAUUUUUGUUUAUAACAAAAAUUUCUAAUGAUGGCAUCUGAGGAUGUAAAUUCUCAUACAAUACUAGCUUCUUCGGAAGAGGCUGGCCAGCCUGUUACCAGUACCUCGCAGGAAAGUAUCAAUAAGGAUGCUAACCCGACUAAGCUACAGACUCAAGUAAAUCCAACGAGUAAUCAACAAAGGAUACAGCUACGCAAGCAGCAGACAUACAACUGGCCACAAGAAAAGAAAUUGUUAAAACUUGCAAAUUACAGUGCUUGUCAAGUGGAGGAAUGCAAAUGUACGGGCUGGAAGAGCAUGCAGCCACUUAUAAGAUCACCAAAGGGCGAGAUACAGACGCCUGUCAUAAACUUUUCUGAUCCAUGCAAGAUAUGUACUCAUCUUUUAGAAAGUCACAUUAAGCAUCUACCAAUUCAAUCUGACAAAGAAAUCAACAGAUUAUUGGGUAUGGCUAUCGAUGCAGACAAUAUUUUAACAUGUACACACAGGGAAACUGAUCCUGAUACUAAGAAAGUUUAUUUUUAUUUGUACAAAUUGUUAAGAAAUUGUAUUUUAUCUAUAUCAAAGCCAGCCAUAGAUGGCCCAUUGGGACUACCACCAUUUGAAAGACCUUGUAUAGCAAAGGCAAUAGUAAACUUUAUUACAUUCAAGUUUAGUCAUUUGUCACCAGCUGAAUGGCAAACUAUAUGUGAUAUGACAAAGAUGUUUUUACACUGUGUAAAUUUUUGGAAUUUUGAAGCACCUAGUGCCAAGCAAGCAACACUUAACGCUGAUGAAACUCCUGCUUACAAAAUUAAUUUUACUCGCUGGCUAGUCUUCUGUCAUGUGCCUGCAUUUUGUGACUCUUUACCACAUCACGACACUUCUUUCUCCUUUGGGAAAACUCUGUUGCAAGCUGUAUUUAAACAACUUCAUAGAGAACUAGUGAAUAAGUGUCACAAUGAAAGAGACAGAAUAACGCCAGAGAAGAGAGUUAUGGUUUUAACACAUUUUCCUAAGUUUCUUUCGAUGCUGGAAGUUGAGAUUUAUUCUGAUAAUUCACCAAUGUGGGAUCCUGAAUUUAAACAAGUACUACCAUCUCAUCUGCAAGCUAUCCUGGAAUCAAAGGCACAACCAACAAGAAAGACAGGAGAAUUCGAGAAGGUCACUGUUACACCAAAUGAUAAAGAUAAUUAUACAACUAUAAAUAUUAGUCCGGGAAUACGAAGAUUUCCCGAAAAACGUUCUUAUUCCGAAGGACGACCUGAUAUGAGAAAAAGGAAAAGUGAAGAGGCUUUCGAGGAUUUGCCAGACAAAACUGUUGCUGAAAUUGUUACGACUAUUAAUGACCCCAACUAUAUGUGUGGACCUGACGCGGUAUUUCCUCCGGAUGUUCCUCGAGACGAAACUGCUAAAAUUGAAGAAAGCAAAAAAAUCAUAGAGUUCCAUGUAGUCGGAAAUAGCCUGACGCAACCUGUGUCUAAACAAACUAUGCUUUGGCUGAUAGGAUUACAUAAUGUAUUCAGCCAUCAAUUAGUUAGAAUGCCCAAAGAAUAUAUAUCUCAAUUCGUUUUCGAUCCGAAGCACAAAACAUUGGCUCUGAUAAAAAGUGGUCGUCCAAUCGGCGGUAUUUGUUUUCGCAUGUUUCCUACUCAGGGUUUUACCGAAAUAGUAUUUUGCGCUGUUACGAGCCAAGAGCAAGUAAAAGGCUAUGGAACGCAUUUAAUGAAUAUGCUGAAAGAUUAUCAUAUCAAAAACAACGUGUUGCAUUUUCUUACGUUCGCAGAUGAAUUUGCUAUUGGAUACUUUAAAAAGCAAGGAUUUAGUAAAGAUAUAAAACUACCAAAGCCAAUGUAUCAAGGAUAUAUCAAAGAUUACGAAGGAGCGACGUUGAUGCACUGUGAAUUAAAUGCUAAAAUAGUAUAUACCGAAUUUACAGCGGUACUAAGGAAACAAAAAGAAAUCGUCAAGAAGUUAAUUUAUCAGAGGCAACAGGAAAUACAAAAGAUUCAUCCGGGCUUAACAUGCUUCAAAGAUGGUGUAAAAAGCAUUCCCAUCGAAUCCAUUCCAGGAAUUCGCGAAACUGGAUGGAAGAAUUACGCUCAAACGAGGACAAGAGGCGUGGCCAAAGGAACGCAAAAUUCAGAACUUGUAGAUUGCAUAGAUAUGUCAGACUCUCUUUUUAACGCCUUGAAUAACGUUUUAAAUAGCGUGAAAAGCCAUAGUACAGCUUGGCCAUUUCUGGAACCUGUGGACAAAGACGACGUUCCAGACUACUAUGAUCAUAUAAAAUAUCCAAUGGAUCUCAAGACUAUGGAAGAACGUCUAAAGUCUAAAUACUAUGUAACUAGAAGAUUAUUUAUCGCAGACAUGACACGAAUUUUCACGAAUUGUAGAUUGUACAACAGCCACGAGACUGAUUAUUAUCGUUGCGCCAAUGCUCUGGAAAAAUACUUUCAGACACGUAUGAAAGAGAUUGGUCUGUGGGACAAGUAGAAUUUUUAAGAAUGUCUUGUGAUAUAUUAUUAACAAAUAUAAAAACAAUAAUAAA